AUGAGCGGUGAACCAAAAGCAGAAUCCACCAAAGUGGAAUUGAAAUCCACUGAUGAUAAAAACAAAACUGAAUUGUCCGAUGAAGACAAACAACUGCAAGAAGAGCUCAAUCUCUGUGUGGAGAAAUUACAAGAGAGUGAUGAAAGACUCUACCUACCUGCUUUACAGGCUCUAGGUAAUCACAUUAGGGCCUCAACAACCUCAAUGACUUCUGUACCAAAACCACUGAAAUUCAUGAAACCACAUUAUGAUCCAAUGAAGGAGGUCUAUGAAAAAAUUACAGAUCCAAAUGUGAAGAGAGUUUGUGCUGAUAUAGUUUCUGUACUAGCUAUGACUAUGGGAGAAGGCAGAGAAUGUCUCAAAUAUCGCUUGUUAUGUGAUUUGGACAAAAUUGGGGAAUGGGGACAUGAAUAUGUCAGGCAUUUGGCUGGUGAAAUUGCUGGGGAAUGGGCUGAGACAGAUUUUAUUGUCAACACAGAGAUAAGGGACAAGUUGAUUCUUCUUACAAAACAAAUUGUUCCUUAUAAUAUGGCACAUAAUGCAGAAGCUGAAGCCUGUGAUUUAUUGAUGGAAAUUGAAAGGCUGGACCUUCUUGAACAAUAUGUAGAUGAUAAUAUUUACCAAAGAGUUUGUCUGUAUCUAACUAGCUGUGUAGCAUAUGUGGCAGAUCCAGAAAAUACUACUCUACUCCAGACUGCUCUGUUAUUGUUCAGGAAAUUCAAACAGUAUCCCCAGGCUUUGAGAUUGGCAAUGCAAUUGAAUGAUCACAGUCUUAUAGAAGAAAUCUUCACAUCUUGUCCAGAUACGGCUGUCCAAAAACAGCUUGCUUUUAUGCUUGGCCGCCAACAAAUCUAUAUUGAAAUCCCUGAGACCACCCCAGAAUAUGAAGAUUUGAUUGAAAUAAUGGCAAACUGUCACUUGAACAACCAUUUCCUAAACCUAGCCAGGGAACUGGACAUCAUGGAACCCAAGACACCUGAAGAUGUCUACAAAUCCCAUUUAGAAAAUAGCCGUCCUCCAUUUGGAGGAAGUCAAGUUGAUUCUGCUAGGCAGAAUUUGGCUGCCAGUUUUGUGAAUGGCUUUGUCAAUGCUGCCUUUGGGCAGGACAAGCUGUUGAUGGAAGAUGGUAAUAAGUGGCUGUACAAGAACAAAGAACAUGGUAUGCUUAGUGCCACAGCAUCUCUUGGUCUGGUGCUUCUGUGGGAUGUAGAUGGUGGUCUCACUCCUAUUGACAAAUACUUGUACUCUUCAGAGGACCAUAUCAAGUCAGGUGCAUUGCUAGCUUGUGGUAUAGUAAACUGUGGUGUCAGAAAUGAAUGUGACCCAGCACUAGCAUUGUUGAGUGACUAUGUCCUGCAUAACACAAACAUCAUGAGGAUAGGUGCUAUAGUGGGCUUAGGGUUAGCCUAUGUUGGCUCUAACAGAGAAGCUGUACUCAGUUUGCUAACCCCAGUAUUUUCUGAUCCCAAAUCAAACAUGGAGGUUAUUGGAAUGUCAGCUCUGGCAUGUGGUAUGAUAGCAGUAGGUUCUGGAAACCCACAAGUCACUACCACAAUCAUGCAGACUCUGAUGGAGAAAUCAGAAACUGAGCUCAAAGACACUUAUGCCAGAUUUUUGCCUUUGGGUCUUGGGUUGUGCCACCUGGGAAAACAGGAGGGUGUUGAUACCAUUAUAGCUGCUUUAGAGGUUAUUCCUGAACCAUUUAGAUCCAUGGCCACAACUAUGGUUGACAUCUGUGCUUAUGCUGGGACUGGUAAUGUACUGAAAGUGCAGCAUCUCUUACACAUCUGCUCUGAGCACUAUGAAGGUUCUGAUAGCACUGACAAGAGCUCUAAAGACAAAGAUAAGAAAGAAACGGAAAAAGAGAAAGAUCUCUCUACCAGACAAGCUGUUGCAGUUUUAGGAAUUGCUUUGAUCAGCAUGGGUGAGGAUAUAGGUAGUGAAAUGGCAUUCAGAACUUUUGGACAUCUUCUUCGCUAUUGUGAACCGGUUAUUCGUCGUGCAGUACCUCUAGCUCUAGGUCUCAUAUCAGUAUCUAACCCUAAACUGAGCAUCCUGGAUACCCUGAGCAAAUUCUCUCAUGACAGUGAUGCAGAAGUAGCACACAAUGCUAUCUUUGCUAUGGGUCUUGUAGGAGCUGGUACAAACAAUGCUAGGUUAGCUGCUAUGUUGAGACAGCUAGCUCAAUUCCAUGCCAAGGACCCCAAUAAUUUGUUCAUGGUUCGAAUUGCUCAGGGACUCACUCAUUUGGGAAAAGGUACACUGAGUUUGAGUCCUUACCACAGUGAUAGGCAGCUGAUGAGUCCAGUAGCUGUAGCAGGGUUGAUGGCCACCCUAGUAGGAUUUUUGGAUGUUAAAAAUAUUAUUCUUGGGAGAUCACAUUAUCUCCUGUACACUCUAGCAGCAGCAAUGCAACCUAGAAUGCUUGUGACAUUUGAUGCAGACUUGAACCCCCUUCCUGUGCCUGUAAGAGUUGGAUUGGCUGUUGAUGUAGUUGGGCAAGCAGGUAAACCAAAAACAAUCACAGGUUUUCAGACACACACAACUCCAGUAUUGUUAGCUUAUGGAGAACGUGCAGAACUAGCCACUGAAGAGUAUCUAGCUCUAACACCCAUCAUGGAAGGUUUCGUGAUUUUACGGAAAAAUCCUGAUUUCAACCCAUAA